GCUGUAAAUGAAAAAGAGGAUAAUCGUGAAUUCGGUGACUGGAAUGACUUGAACAACGAGAUAUGGCGUUUGGUUCGGUUAUCUUUGAACAAAGAUUUGGGGCCUGAGAAUUGUGAACAAGAAGACUCUAUUCCACUUUUAAUUUGCGCAACACAAAAUCAUAUCUUGGGUUUCACGAAUUCUGAGGAUAGUUCCUGUGAUCCCGAGUGGACUCAAACAAGAAUGAUGUCCGCGGAGAUACAGGGAUCAGCUUCGUCCGGACCGGAAACACCACCGCCGGCAGCAGUACAGGCAUUACACGGAGUAUCUGUCUCACCACCCGGUGUUGAAGCGGAUGCCAAAUUGAGAGAAACAUGCCUACUGGUCACCCAAAAAGCCGAUCUGCGUGCACUUCUUGGAGGCUUUGGAUUUGUCACAUUUGCAAACGCUGCUGACGCCGAACGAGCUCGGGAAAGCCUGCAUGGUCAGAUGGUAAUGGGUCGAAAAAUCGAAGUCAAUCAUGCCACAACGCGGGUUUUGACCAAGAAACGUUCGGACGGUCACCUAUCGGGGAGAGGUGCGGCAGGCCUUCAAGGUCAUUUGUACCAAUCACUUGGCAACAGUCACCACCUCUCAGAACGCCUGAAAUCCACCAUCAAACCUAGUUCCGUCACCCCCGGAUCGAUCAAUGCAUCCACCCUCUCAGCCGUAGCAGCUGCUGCGGCGUUGUCCGGAUCACGGUUAUUAAGUCCAUCGUUGAUUGGAAAUACCAGCGCACAGCACAAUUUAGUCAACUCUCUCUUGGCACGAAACAGCCCAGCCGGUUUUGCAUUGAGUCAGCUCGUGGCCGCACAACACCAACAACAACAGCAGCAGCAACAACAACAACAAAUGCAACAAGCUCAACAAACACAUUAUCAUCUGGCCUCGACACAGCAACAGCAACAACAAGCGCAACAACAGCAGUCUGGAACGGCAGUGGCUGCAGCAGUAGCGGCAGCAGCUUCGGGUACAGCUUCGCAGAACAACUCUGCUCACAAUAUUGGAUCAGCUCAUACAAACAACUCCGGUCAUGCAGCACUCGCGGCUGCAACGAUGUUGGACAACUUCCAUUCACUUCCGCUAACUGCAAACUCACAGCUUUUGAAGUCCAAUCUCGGUGGCACUCCAUACGUUAUUGAUCCAUUGCUGAAUUCCGCUGCACAUGGGGCAGCAAGUCAAACGUCAAUCAAUAUGCUCAACACUGCUGGGAUUCCAACUUCCGUAUCGAACUCUGAUGCUUUACUCAAACAAUACCAACUAUUCAACCAAACUUUGACGGGUUGUGCACUCGGUAGUGGGAUUCCGGCCAUUUCAGCUCUUACUCCCUCAAUAAACCUUUCUCCCACGUUGGCUGUUCCCUUGAUCGGAGGCACUGUUUCCCAUCUCACAGUGCCUGGACAAACUCCUGCUACCACAUUAGCUGACUUGAAUACGAGUGACCCCCGACUAUUCCUAUCAACAUUGACCGCUGCGGCGGCAGCCGCUGCUGCCGCUGUUUCGAACUCGAAUGAUUCGCAAAACGGGACUAACAACAUGAACGCUAAUUCUCUUCUUCAGCUUUACUACCAACAGCAACAACAACAGCAGCAGCAACAACAACAAUAUCCAAGUCAGUCCCCAUCGACUAUCAACUCCCACGUGAAGGAUACCAUUGCCUCUAUCAAAUCGGGCACAUACUGUACAGCAACUCCAUCAUUCUAUCAAACGCUAGCUGCCCAGUCCGGUCUGUUCUCCAGUGCUGGAAGAAAUGAUUCAAUGAGGUUGGGACUAUCCGGAGCACUGGACACAAAUAGCUCUCGAUCGAGUGUAACUCAAUCAGUUGACCCAACCGGUCUUACAUCGUCUACAAGUAUCAGUCAGAAUGGUCAGACUUCAACAAACAAUCAUCUCUCUCUGGGACAUGAUUCGACCUCGUUCAGUCUCGGAAGUUCCAAUACUGGCAGUGCGGCAGCCGCGGCCGCUGCUGCUGCCGGUUCCCUUGUAGCUGGAUCCACGGGGGCUGGGAACUUGUCAUCGGCAAUUAACGCCUUAGGGCUCCGGCUUAAUCCAACUCAGCUGAGUGCAUAUACCGGCUCUCCACUGUUUAACGUCAAUCUCUCGGCGGACAACUCGGCGCUGUCCACAAUUCUAGCCGGAUCGUCUACUCCCACAGUCUCACAAUCUACCGCUCUCUUUGCUUCUAGUCUGACACCAUCUGAUCCGUUGUGGUUGACUAGUACAGCCUCGUCAGCGGCAAAUGUAGCCGGAGUUAAUACUCUGGCCGGUUCCGCAAUAAACGCCCUCAGCUAUCCGUUCAUUUUGAACACCAACAGUCAAACAUCCUCCAUGUACAAACAAAACAGCACUAACUUCCCCAGGUUUUUACCCUAA